AUGGCUGCAAGAUUCCGGCCCAGCGCUCCCCACACCAGUGCUGCCAGCAGCGUGGCCGCGGCCCAGGCCCAGGGGCAGUGGGGCCGCGCCUGGGAGGUGGACUGGUUCUCCCUGGCGAGCAUCCUGUUCCUGCUGCUGUUCGCGCCCUUCAUCGUGUACUUCUUCAUCAUGGCGUGCGACCAGUACGCCUGCUCGCUGACGGCGCCCGUGCUGGACCUGGCCGCCGGCCGCGUGCGCCUCUCCGACAUCUGGGCCAAGACGCCGGCCGUGACGAAGGAAGCCGCCCAGAUCUACGCCCUGUGGGUCUCGUUCCAGGUGCUGCUGUACGUGGCGCUCCCUGACGUCUGCCACCGGUUCCUGCCCGGCUACGUGGGCGGCGUCCAGGAGGGCGCGGUGACUCCCGCAGGGGUCAUCAACAAGUACGAGAUCAACGGCCUGCAGGCCUGGCUCAUCACGCACCUGCUCUGGCUCGCCAACGCCCGCUUCCUCUCCUGGUUCCCUCCCACCAUCAUCUUCGACAACUGGAUCCCGCUGCUGUGGUGCGCCAACAUCCUGGGCUACGCCGUGUCCACCUUCGCCAUGAUCAAGGGCUACCUGUUCCCCACCAACGCCCGCGACUGCAAAUUCACGGGCAACUUCUUCUACAACUAUAUGAUGGGCAUUGAGUUCAACCCCCGGAUCGGGAAGUGGUUCGACUUCAAGCUGUUCUUCAACGGGCGCCCGGGCAUCGUGGCCUGGACGCUCAUCAACCUGUCCUUCGCGGCCAAGCAGCGGGAGCUGCACGGCCACGUGACCAACUCCAUGGUGCUGGUCAACGUGCUGCAGGCCAUCUACGUGCUGGACUUCUUCUGGAACGAGGCCUGGUACCUGAAAACCAUCGACAUCUGCCACGACCACUUCGGCUGGUACCUGGGCUGGGGCGACUGCGUCUGGCUGCCCUACCUCUACACGCUGCAGGGCCUGUACCUGGUGUACCACCCGGUGCAGCUGGCGGCCCCGCACGCGGCGGGCGUGCUGCUGCUGGGCCUGCUCGGCUACUACGUCUUCCGCGUGGCCAACCACCAGAAGGACCUCUUCCGCCGCACGGACGGGCGCUGCCUGAUCUGGGGCCGCAAGCCCAAGGCCAUCGCCUGCGUGUACACGUCGGCCGACGGGCAGCGGCACCACAGCAAGCUGCUGGCCUCGGGCUUCUGGGGCCUGGCCCGCCACCUCAACUACACGGGCGACCUGCUGGGCAGCCUGGCCUACUGCCUGGCCUGCGGCGGCGGCCACCUGCUGCCCUACUUCUACGUGGUCUACAUGACCGUCCUGCUGACCCACCGCUGCCUGCGGGACGAGCACCGGUGCGCCAACAAGUACGGCGGCGACUGGGCGCGCUACACGGCCGCCGUGCCCUACCGCCUGCUGCCCGGCAUCUUCUAGACGCCUCCCGGGGCCUGCCCAGCAGCCGGGGGCCUCGGAGCCGGGCUGUGGGCCGCCCUCCCUCCCCACUCCAGAAGCCUCGUCUCGUCUGCAAACUGCGAAGCACCUGGCGUGUUUCUGGCCUCGUAAAUGUCAGCGUGUCCCUUCCCGGGCCCGGAGGCUGCAGCGCCCGCGGCCAGCUUUCUCUGUCCGGAGCUCCAGGCCGGGGGGCUGACCGCCUCUCCCGCGGUCUGUGGUUGCUCCGCUGCGUGGGCCUGUGGCCUGGGACGCCGUCCGGCCCUGGUCCGGACGGAGGUGGCUCUUGCUGAUUAUGGGGGGAAGGCACGCCCGUGACCGUUUCACUGCUUUAGCCCCAGCGCCGCCCGGGCACCUGCCCUGGGCAGUGGGCUGCUCCCUCUGCGUCUCGUGCAGCCAACACGGCGCUGAACGGUGGUGGAGAGGCUGAGGAAGGGCUCCCAGGCCAGGGGUGCCCUUGGCUUCCCGUGUGGCUCACGCCUGCCAGGGGUGCGGUGACACAGAGCCAGGGCGGGUGCCCAGACCCAAAGUGAGGCCCAGUUGCGGCCGAGGCUCCCAGUGCCCGACGCCCUCUGGCGCCUGCCCUCCGGGAGGGCGUUUCCAGCUCGCUCGGACUGGCUCGGGCACCCACCACAUGGGGGCCUCCCCGGGCCUCCAACGAGGUGUGACCCCGGCCUCGGGCAGGGCACCCCCUCUCCAGUGAGCACACUCUCCCUGGGGUGUUCUUGAAACUUGGCGUCCCUGCCUUAGUAGAUAAUGAAUUCUUUAUAUUAAACUUUCCAGAUCAAA